CAACACACUGAGGAACUCUGAGAGUCGACAUGCUGCAGCCGUCGCUCUGCUGCUCUCUGUCCGUCAUCCUCUUCUUCUUCUUCUUCUUUUUCUUCGUGUCUCCGCCGCCAGCCGAUGGACAGACCGCCACAGCAGGGGGGGGAGGAGGAGGAGGGCUGGAGAGGAUCCAGGUGAUGUUCACGCCGACGAUCUGCAAAGUGCGAUGCAACCAGGACCGAUGUGUCAACUACUGCGAGAGAGGGAACGUGACCACGCUGUACAGCAGCAGCACUGACGGAGGAGGAGGAGGAGGAGGAGGAGGAGGAAGAGGAGACGGCUCCCAUGGUCCAGGCUUCAGAGUCUUCCUCUGUCCCCUGCUCUGUAAGAACGGAGGGGUGUGUCUUCAGAAGGACCGCUGCCUCUGCCCCUCCCACUUCGCCGGAAAGUUCUGUCAGAUCCCCGUGGCCUCCCCCCCCCCCGCCUCGCCGUCCUCCACCAAUGAGAUCGUCCAGCCUGCGCUCCGCUCCGCCACCGCAGCCAAUCAGGAGCUGACCCAGUCGGAGUUCCUCCUGCCGCUGGGACAGAACCAGGAAGUAGCGAGGGCGGGAGCUCCGGCUCCCUCCAUGGUGAAGGUCAGAGUGCAGCACCCCCCCGAGGCCAGUGUGAAGAUCCACCAGGUGCUGAAGGUGUCUGGGUUCAGCCCCGCCCUGCGGACGCUGUCCUCGCCGUCCUCGGGGUCGGCGGGGGGGUCGGCGGGGGCCCCGGCUCCGCCCGGCGCCGGCGUCCAGGCUCAGACGCUCAGAGGCGACGGCGCGUUCAGCGAACUCUCCGGCUUCAAGUACUGCUUCAGAGAGGUGAAGGGCGGGCAGUGCAGCUCUCCUCUGCCUGGACUGAGGAGCAGGGACAUGUGCUGCCGAGGGAUCGGGAAGGGGUGGGGCAUCACCGACUGUGUCCUCUGUCCUGAAACAGGUCAAAGCAACAGCAGCUGUCCAUCUGGGUUUGAGCGAAUCAAUGGAACGCAGUGUGUCGAUGUGAAUGAGUGCCUCCGGCCUGAGCUGUGUGAGAACGGGAUCUGUGUGAACACCAGGGGGAGCUAUAGCUGUGUGUGUAAGGUGGGGUUCAUCCUCGACGCCACACAUGGAAUCUGCAUUUCCCAGAGUGUGAUAUCGGAGGAGAAGGGUCAGUGCUUCCGGGUCCUGGGCUCGGGUCGGGGUCCGGCCUCCUGCUCCUUGCCCAUCCUCAGGAACAUCACCAAACAGAUCUGCUGCUGCAGCCGAGUCGGCAAAGCCUGGGGUCCGGACUGCCACAGGUGUCCCUACUUUGGUUCAGUGGCCUUUAAGGAGAUCUGUCCCGCCGGGCCUGGUUAUCACUACUCAGCUUCAGCCCUGCAGUUCAACCAGAGGGUCCACGAGCAGCUGGGGGGCCGAGGGGUCUCACUGGUAACCCACAGCAACCAGGACAACCAGGAUCCAGAUCCUGGAUCCAGCAGCGGUGGAGCCUCCAAACAGAAACCCUCUGGUGGACAGAGCACGUCACUGAGCUCCGGAUCAGCUGGGACCAGCGGCGCUCAGACCAGACCUGAUCCACCUCCGACCCCCCGGCAUCCAGCUCAGCCUCAGACCCGCCCGGCCACCAGCUCCCCCUCCACCGGGACGGUACAGUCCAGCAGCACCGGCCCCCCCACCCCCCGGGACAAACCGCUGACUCCUGGCAGAGCCGGGACCCAGCAGGUCCGACCUGAGUCUGCUCCGUCUCAUCCACGACCACAGCCCCCCCCGUCCACUGGGAGUCACGCCGGAGGUCGGUCCCCCCCGGUGUCCCGGCCCGACCACACUACAGCAAGAGGGGACGCUCUCCCUGCUCCUGCCCAGCCACAGAACCCCGAGCGGGGGUCCAGACCCCACCAGGAGCCCCCCCCUCUGGAGAACAGGCCCGCUGUCAGCCCGACCACCACGCCCAGCAGAGUCCAGACAGUGCGAGGUGUGUGUGAGACCAGGCCGGGUGUAUGUGGGCGUGGCCUCUGUGUGGAUCAGCCAAGUGGGAAACACACUUGUGUGUGUGAUCAGGGAUACCAACCCAACACUCAGCGCACGUACUGCCAAGAUGUGAAUGAGUGUGUGCAGUCUCCAGGAGUGUGUUCGGUGGGAGAGUGUGUGAACACCAUGGGAAGCUACAGGUGUGUGUGUCCGUCUGGAUACCGGAGUAGUGGCGAGCAGACCAGUUGUCAAGACGUGGACGAGUGCCAGCUGAGUCCCUGCAGGACCGGUCGCUGUGACAACACGCCGGGCAGCUACAGGUGUGUCUGUCGCCAUGGUUACAGGCUCACAGGCAACACCUGCACAGAUGUGGAUGAGUGUGACGACCCCCUGCAGUGUCCUGGUCAGGAGUGCAUCAACACUCAGGGUUCGUAUCGCUGUGCGUCGUGUCAGCCGGGAUAUGGACUGAGCAACCGACUCUGCACAGACAUCGACGAGUGUCGCCAGGCGCCGUGCUCCAACGCUCGCUGUGAAAACACACCCGGGAGCUACCGCUGUGUCUGUCGCCAUGGUUACAGGCUCCAGAACAACACCUGUACAGACGUAGAUGAGUGUGCGGAGCCAUCUCAGUGUCCUGGUCAGAUGUGUGUGAACGCGGUGGGAUCAUACCGCUGUGUGUCCUGUCGACCAGGUUACACUCUGACCGACAGACAGUGUACAGAUGUAAACGAGUGUGAGAACAGUGAGUCUUGUCCUGGUCAACAGUGUGUGAACACGGAGGGAUCAUACAGCUGUAUGGACUGUCAGCAGGGAUACCACAGUGUGAACAGAGUGUGUACAGAUGUGGACGAGUGUGUGCAGGUGUCUCAGUGUCCGGGUCAGCAGUGUGUGAACACUGUGGGAUCGUACCACUGUGUGUCCUGUCAGCCGGGGUACAGCAGCCAAGACGGCUCCUGCCAAGAUGUGGACGAGUGUGCGAGCGCGGGGGGGUGUGAGGCCGAGCGAGUGUGCGUGAACACCGUCGGCUCGUUCCGGUGCGACUGUCGACCCGGGUAUCGAACCUCCGGCCUGGGGAGGCUGUGCCGAGACAUUAACGAGUGUCUGGAGGCGGAGUUCUGUUUCUCCAGAGGCGAGUGUGUGAACACGCCUGGAUCCUACACGUGUGUGUGUAGUCAGGGAUUCACGCUGAGCGACAACGGGACGUCCUGCCUCGAUGUGGAUGAGUGUGCGAAGUCGGGCGUGUGUGUGGACGGCCGCUGUGUGAACACUGAAGGUUCCUUCUACUGUCAGUGUCAACCCGGCUUCACCACCAACCCUGAGAGCACCACCUGCCUCGAUGUUGACGAGUGUGUAGCGUCCGGCGGGUCGGUGUGCGGCUCGCAGCGUUGUGAGAACACAAUCGGUUCGUACCGCUGCCUCACUUCCUGUGAGCCGGGCUACCAGGUGUACCAGGGCCGGUGUGUAGAUAUAAACGAAUGUGCCAAUAAGACGGCGUGUGGAGGCCACGCCUUCUGUCAGAACCUGAUCGGGUCGCACGUGUGCGAGUGCGACCGCGGCUUCACCGCCAGCGCCGACGGGAGCGCCUGCGUUGAUGAAGACGAGUGUGUGUCCCUGGCCGGAGUGUGUGGCUCCGCCCGCUGUGAGAACGUGGACGGGUCCUUCAUGUGUGAGUGCGACCACGGAGAGUUCGACAUGACCACGAGGACGUGUCACAGCACCGUACCACCAGGCGCGCUCCUCCCCAGCUACCCCUCCUCCUCUUCCUCCUCCUCUUUCCCCCCCCCCUCUUCCUCUCAUGUGGGUGUGGUGGAGGCGGACCCCGGGCUGCCGCCGCUCCCCCCCGCCCGGCCCGGCGAGCUGAGGGAGUGCUACUACAACCUGGCGGAGCGCGGGACCUGCAGCCUGCUCGCUACCAACACCAGCCAGCAGGAGUGCUGCUGCACGGCGGGCGAGGGGUGGGGCCUGGGCUGCCAGCACCAGCCCUGCCCCCCCGCCCACUCAGCCGACUUCCUGUCUCUGUGUCCCAGUGGGAGGGGCUACGUAACACCUGGACCAGGAGCCUUCAGCUACAGAGAUGUGGACGAGUGUAAGCGCUUCCACCCGGAGGUGUGUAAGAACGGAGUGUGCGUCAACAACAUCCCCGGAUACAACUGCUACUGCUCCAGUGGAUAUGUGUACAACAGCACGCUGCUGGAGUGUGUCGAUCACGAUGAGUGUGAGGAGGAGAGUUGUGUAGGAGGAGUGUGUGUCAACACCGUGGGAUCCUACUACUGCAGCUGCCCCCCCGCCCUGGUGCUGGAUGACACGCAGAGGAACUGUGUUAACUCCUCCCACCUCACUGUGGAUGAGAACCUGUCUGUGUGCUGGCAGCACGUCUCUGCAGACCUCAUGUGUCAGAGCCCCCUGCUGGGCGCUCAGUUCACCUUCACUGACUGCUGCUGCCUGUACGGCGAGGGCUGGGGGAUGGAGUGCGCCCUCUGCCCCUCCACCGACUCCGACGACUACGCGUAUCUCUGCAGUUCCUUCCCUCCUCUGUUUCCAAGUUAUCCUGUUUCGAGCGGACCAGAAACAGGAGUGAGACGAGGAGGAGCAGGAGCUCCUCCUCAUUUCCCUCCUUACUCUCCGGACUCCUUCCCUCCGGCUGUGGUUCCCGGCAGAGACUUCACUCGUCCUGACUAUGAUGAUUACUCUCCAGCAGGGGGCAGCAGGUCAGGCUACAGGACUCCUGCGUCCUUCAGUCUCCCGGACGCAGCCUAUCGCAGACCUGAGUACGGAACUGGUUUCUACUCUGAAGGAGACUACUCCUCCCCUGACGCCCCCCCGCCCAGGCCUCCAUCCUUCCGACUCCUCCCGGACCCCCGGGCUGAGACGGCGUUCGGGGCCCGGCCUCCUCCCCCGUCCCAGCCGGACGGCCCCCCCCUCAGCCUGGCUCCGCUGCCCGGGCCUCACUACCCCGACCAGGAGGAGGAGGGGGAGGAGGCGUGGAGGCCGGGGCCGCCGUUCCCCCCCUUCACUGAGCGAGGAAGAGGAGGAGGAGGAGCACUGAGGGUGUAUGAAAGGCGCUACGAGUCGUACGCCGGCCUGAGCGCAGCAGAGGAUUGUGGGAUAUUGCACGGCUGUGAGAACGGCCGGUGUAUUCGCGUGGCGGAGGGUUACACCUGCGACUGUUACCAAGGAUACGAGCUGGACAUGACCUCCAUGACCUGCAUCGAUGUGAACGAGUGUGAGGACGGCGCCGGCGUGGAGUUCCCGUGUGUGAACGCUCGCUGCGUGAACACCAGCGGCUCGUUCCGAUGCGUCUGCAGGAGAGGCUACGUCAUGUCGCGCAGGAACAACCACUGCGUGGCCGCGUAGACGCCGUCGCAGCCGCCGGACCCGACCAGGACCAGAACCAGGACCAGGACCAACCGGGGACGGGACCCCGGGACAGACCGGGUCGGACCACGGGACACUCAACUGGUCUGGGUUUUACUUCAGGACCAGAUUGACAAACUAUACUCAACCAGGAUAAAACGUACUGGACUUUAAAACUGUAGAUUGCACUAAACUAGGCCGAGCUGAACCGGGUCAGACUUUAUAUCAAGAGUCAUUUUAUUCAUCAGUUUCUGUCCGGCCCCGUUUAUUUGACCCAGAAACUGAAACCAGGCUUUAGUACAAACCGGGCUAACGCUAAUUAGCAUCACAAUAAAAAAACAGGCUAACUCUUAUUAGCCUCAUAAUACAAACCAGGCUAACGAUUAUUAGCCUCACAAUACAAACCAGGCUAACUCUAAUUAGCCUCACAAUACAAACCAGUCUAACUCUAAAUAGCCUCACAAUACAAACCAGGCUAACUCUUAUUAGCCUCACAAUACAAACCAGGCUAACUCUAAAUAGCCUCACAAUACAAACCAGGAUAACUCUUAUUAGCCUCACAAUACAAACCAGGCUAACUCUUAUUAGCCUAGCAGUACAAACCAGGCUAACUCUUAUUGGCCUCACAAUACAAACCAGGCUAACUCUAAAUAGCCUUGCAGUACAAACCAGGCUAACUCUAAUUAGCCUCACAAUACAAACCAGGCUAACUCUUAUUAGCCUCACAAUACAAACCAGGCUAACUCUUAUUAGCCUCACAAUACAAGCCAGGAUAUCUCUUAUUGGCCUCACAAUACAAACCAGGCUAACUCUAAUUAGCCUCACAAUACAAACCAGGCUAACUCUAAUUAGCCUCACAAUACAAACCAGGCUAACUCUUAUUAGCCUUGCAGUACAAACGUCACAUGUUCCUGACGACGACGACACAUCAGGACGUUUGUUAUUUUUAAAGUUCUGAAGAGAAGUCGUGCAGAGUUGUGAAGUUUGAUUGUUAAUGUUAUCGUUGUACUUUUUACAUUUUAACUCAGAAAACAGAAGGACAGAAGUUUUCAGGUCAACAAACCAAAGUUUUUCACUUCACCGUGUAUCGUAAACCCAAAGUGAUGAACUCAGAGUCGACAUGUGACCCGGAGCCUCGAACCCGUAAAGAUUCAAUCUGCACAUAAGAGGCGGAAAAUAGAUCAAAGGACUUAAAUGAUCGAUAAUCAAAGUGGUGACUGUUUCCUGUCGCUCGCUGAAUCAUCGACUGCAGCUCUAGUUGUUACAGAUCUGUUUUCACAGAGGAGCUCAGGUUUUUCAUUCUGAUCGUUGUAUCUACAACAUUAAAUACACACAUACAGUAAAUAUAUAAACAUCAAUAGCCUAUACAACACCAAUGUGUUCAAUGAAUGAGAAACUGAAUGUGUCGUCUACAGACGUGUAAAAGAAAAUAUUGUCUGACUUUAUUAAUGAAUGAUUAACGAUAUAUGAUGUUUUUAAACGUAAACUGUCCAUAUUUUUCCCUGAAUCCAGAAACUUCUCUGUAAACGUCACAACAUCGUGUUUCAAAGUCAGUGAAGAUGUUUUCAGUCAUCACCUCUAGAAGAUAUUAGAUAUAGAAAGAGGUGGACAGGUUCUCGUGUGAAGCAGCAGCAGGAGAUUGUCCGGGUGGGAACUUUCAUUCCAGAAGCUUCCACACAUCGUCCUGCUGGUUCCUCACAUGGACUCUGACAUCUACACACAUUUCACCAGGAGGCCGCAGGAGAAGAUCCAGAACAUGUCCAGAGACACUGACUCAGAUAGAGAAGCUCCAGAACACGCCAGGAACACGCCAGGAACACGCCAGGAGCAUGUGCAGAACCUCAGCUUUACUGAAACACUGUGAUGAAGAGUUUGAUAUGUCAUGUCAUUUGACCUCCUGACCUGCGGGUGGCGCUCUGCUGAGUCAGGAUGUGAUUCUGGAGGAAACUGAUCCCAAUUUCCUUGAUUCCAUUUUGAUUUAUUUUUGGUUUAAAAUGAUCAGAUUCUGAACUGGAAGCUGCGUCCAGUCACGUUGUGUUUAUAGUGAUUCACAUAAUCUGUUUCAGCCUGUAAGAGUUUGUGUUUUAUGAAUUUUCUGUUGAUUCCUUCUGAGUAUACCGUGCACUGUACACACACACACACACACGCACACAAGCGCGAACACACAUACACACACACUGUGUUAUAGGUGUUUGAAUUGUCGUCUCUGGUGUUUUUUAAACUGCUCAUUUUUAUGUUAUUGAUUCACUUUUGUAUUGUUGUGGUUUGUAUGAAAAGAAAUGAAAAUAUAUUUGCACACACACUUUCA